AAUUAAAAAUACAAAAAAGAGAAAAGUCCAAAACACCAAAGAACAGAACAGAGAGACCAAAAACCUUUUACCAAUACAAACACUUGAAGAAAUCUGUGUGUCUUUCUUCUCUCUCUCUGUCUUUCUAUUUCUCUCUGUCAGAUUCAACCAAAGUAUCAAUUUCUGCUCUCUCUCUCUCUCUUACAGAACACAAAACAGAACUACACUUCCAAACUCAUUAAAAACAAUGUCUUUUAUUUAACUUCCCCACUUUCUCUCUCUAAAAACUCUCUCUUUAUCUCUCUUUGUUUCUUUCUUCCUGCUUUCAGAUCAUUUUUUGAUUUGACUUCCCCAAAUUUCUUCUUAAGACGUCUCAAAUUUCAAUCUUUAACUUAGCUCCAAGAUCAUUUUUUUUUUUGGGAUUUCAUUCUUGCUGAAUCUUGGAAGCUCCCAAAUCAUAGCAGUCAAAAGGAUUUAUCAGCUUGACCAUGCUUGUUAAAGUUGCUUGAUUUGUGGGUAGUUACUCAUUUAUUGAUUAGUUGUUGAUUCAGAGCAAGACCCAUAUUAGAAUAUGUUGGGAAAUGAGGUUUAGAUUUAAGAAAUGGGGUGUGUUUUGGGAAGAGAAGUAUCUUCAGGGAUUGUUUCAGAGUCUAGGGAGAGUAAGAAUGCUAGCUUUGAAUCCAAUAAGAAAGUAGAAAAUGUUACAGUUUCAAAAACUGAUGCUAGUGUUGUAGAGGUUGAAAAUGAGGGUACCCAAAAGGAAGAAAAAGCCGAUGGGGAAAGAAAACAAAGAGGGGAAAGGAGAAAAUCAAAGACAAACCCCAGGUUGAGUAACCUACCUAAGCAUUUUCGUGGAGAGCAGGUGGCAGCUGGAUGGCCUUCAUGGCUAUCAGAUGCCUGUGGGGAGGCGCUUAAUGGGUGGAUUCCACGGAGGGCUGACACAUUCGAGAAGAUUGAUAAGAUUGGCUCUGGAACAUAUAGCAAUGUGUACAAAGCUAAAGAUAUGGUAACAGGUAAAAUUGUUGCCCUAAAGAAGGUUCGGUUCGAUAAUCUGGAACCUGAAAGUGUGAAAUUCAUGGCUAGAGAGAUUCUCAUACUGCGGAGGUUGGACCAUCCCAAUGUUGUAAAAUUGGAAGGUUUAGUUACUUCAAGGAUGUCCUGUAGUUUGUAUUUGGUAUUUCAGUACAUGGAGCAUGAUUUGGCUGGUCUUGCAGCAAGUCCAAUAGUAAAGUUUACAGAGCCACAGGUUAAAUGUUACAUGUAUCAAUUACUCUCUGGUCUCGAGCACUGUCACAAUCGUGGAGUGCUUCACCGUGAUAUUAAGGGGUCAAAUCUUCUUAUUGAUGAUGGAGGAGUACUUAAGAUUGCUGAUUUCGGACUGGCUACGUUCUUUGAUCCAAACCGCAAGCAUCCCAUGACCAGUCGGGUGGUUACUCUUUGGUAUCGAGCCCCUGAGCUUCUUCUUGGGGCUACCGAUUAUGGUGUUGGUGUGGACCUUUGGAGUGCAGGAUGCAUUUUAGCUGAGCUCUUGGCUGGGAAGCCUAUUAUGCCUGGUAGAACGGAGGUAGAGCAACUGCAUAAAAUAUACAAGUUAUGUGGUUCACCAUCAGAUGAAUACUGGAAAAAAUCAAAGUUGCCUAAUGCAACCUUAUUUAAACCUCGAGAGCCUUAUAAAAGAUGCAUAAAAGACACAUUUAAAGAUUUCCCACCAUCAUCGCUGCCCCUCAUUGACACUCUACUUGCAAUUGAUCCAGCAGAACGUCUGACUGCCACUGCUGCAUUAAGAAGUGAAUUCUUCACAACAGAACCUUAUGCUUGUGAACCUUCUAGCCUUCCAAAAUACCCGCCCAGUAAAGAGAUGGAUGCAAAACGACGGGAUGAUGAAGCUCGGAGACUCAGAGCUGCUGGUAAAGCCCAGGGUGAUGGUGCAAGGAAGACUCGGACACGCGAUCGUGCAAGGGCAAUUCCUGCUCCAGAAGCAAAUGCUGAGCUUCAGUCUAAUCUUGAUCAGAGAAGGCGCCUAAUAACUCAUGCAAAUGCAAAGAGCAAAAGUGAAAAGUUCCCCCCACCACACCAAGAUGGAGCACUUGGCUUUCCUUUAGGAGCAUCGCAUCACAUUGAUCCUGCAUUUGUUCCUCCUGAUGUCCCCUUCAGUACUACAUCAUUCACUUAUUCGAAAGAACCAAUACAAACUUGGUCAGGUCCAUUGGUUGACUCUGCCAGCAUGGGUGCUCCAAGGCGAAAGAAGAAUGUUGCAGGUGAUUUACACGAGCCAUCUAAACUUCCAACAGGAUCCCAAAAAGACAAAAGUGGUGACACCCGGGUUAAAGGAAAGAGAAGCAUACUUUAAACUCUCAGUUCAUACAUACGAACGAGAUUUAUGAAAGCAGUCGAUUGCAUUUGAUGACAGUGUCACUGACGCUUACUGCUACUCGAUGCAAUUAUAUUUAAUAGGUUCUUGUUUGUUUUUCUCAUAGAAGCAUGUAUUGUUUUGUUAAAAAUGUAUCCAAGGGUUGAAAUCAAUUUUUCUGUAUUUUUUUUCCUUCUACCUUUUUAUUCUUUUUACCCCCCAAAGAAGCUCUCUAAUUUGUUGGGACCCUGAGGAUAAGUUUCCACUGUUAUGUAUAUUUCUAUUUCUCAGUUCUUAAAGCUUCUUGUGUUCCAAACUGUACACUGUUUAGAUUAAUGGAGACCGGAGAACAUAAGAAAAAAAAAUUUCUAAUAAA